AUGGUCCUGACGACAGACAGGAUCUCUGUUUUAUUAUUGAAGAAUUACCAGAAGUGGAGAAUUGAAUGCCCAGAAAUAAGUGCAGAUUUACGACCAUCUUCCAUUCUUGGUCUUUUGCGGGCUGGCUACCACGGAGUCCUGAGAUCAAGGGACCCACAUGGAAGUAAAGUUCUAAUAUACAGAAUAGGACAAUGGGAUCCCAAGUUAUUUACAGCAUAUGAUGUGUUUCGGGUAAGUCUUAUCACAUCUGAACUCAUUGUAAGGGAGAUCGAGACUCAGCGAAAUGGAGUCAAGGCUAUCUUUGAUCUGCAAGGGUGGCGAUUUGCUCAUGCAUUUCAAAUCAGUCCGGCAGUGGCCAAGAAAAUUGCUGCUGUGCUCACAGAUUCCUUUCCGCUGAAAGUUCGAGGUAUCCACUUGAUUAAUGAGCCUUUAUUCUUCCACCCAGUCUUCGCUCUAAUUAAGCCUUUUCUCACUGAAAAAAUAAAAGAACGGGUAUAUAUGCAUGGAAAUAACUACAUGCAGAGUCUGACUGAACACUUCCCAGUUAGCAUUCUUCCACGAGAAUAUGGAGGGGAGGAAGUCUCCAUCGACAUACUUGCUGAAGAAUGGACUAACUUCAUAAUAGCAUCUGCAGAUUAUCUUCAGAGUAUUUCCCUGGUUACCCAUGAAUAACUGCACCACAGUAUUAUAUCAAUUCCUGAUGACUGGAAGCGGAGCAAAGUUUAAGCUGAAGUCUUUCACGUAAACUUGAAAUUAUUGUAAAUAAAACCAGUAUGUCUUUGCAGGGUGCAGAAUAUCAUAUUAACUGCACUUUUAUACUAACUAAAGUAUGUAUAUCUGAAGGGAUUAAUGAAUUCCAUAUGUUUGCAGUACUGUUUGUGAUUGAUUAACUUGUGUGCCAAAAAGCUGAAUAGUCCUAUGCACUGGAUGUCAGAGACUGAUAUUGCUCCUGUUAAAUCUUUGGACACUACUAAGCUGUAAUAGAGAACCUUAUGCUUAUCUCUUGUAUCUUGACUUGUCAAGAUGAAAGGAUACAAAGCCAAAUGAUUUAAGAGAAGUGCAGAACGUGAAUGGGGUAGAUUAGUUUGCUGUGGAAGUAUUACUACAGGGUUAAUUGUACAAGGAGUGAAAAGCAGAAGAGCUUUUUGGACUGAUUCUCAGGGAAAUGUCUGUUUUGUUAGUUUGCACUGCUGAGACUGCACAGUCAAGCUGAGGAUUAGUCAGCAAUAGCGAGAUAUUUCUGUCAUCUUUGUGCUGCUUAGCACAAAAAGGGAAGCUGCAUUAAUUAACACAAUUUGCCAGUUUUACAGAGGAAGAUAGAGAAAACACAAUGUACACGUUCUUGACAGUAUGAAUCAGGAGGAGGAAUGGGUAAGUGACUCAACACAACUUUGAAAAUUCUGACUAUGUUUCUUCAAAGAGAUGCUCUCUUCCGAAAAGCUGUAAGCAACUCGGAUUAUGAACACCUUUAAUUGGUCCUAUAGAGCACUAUAGAGGUCGAGAGAGCUGUUUGCAGUAUCAGUUUGUCUGUUUUGGAGGGUGAAGUAGAUUAUCCUUUGUGGACCUGAACUUUAGAAAUAGGUUAUGUGGUUUAACGAUGCUUUGUAGGUUGCUUCGGACCUCAGCCUCGGAGAUGCUGAGUGUCUUUUGAGUAUCUUUAUUUUUGGAAUGGUAAUUGGCAGCUUGCCAGCCUAUAUCUUCUGUUGGGCACUGGAAGAAUUGUUUUAUACUUUCGGUAGAGCCAUCUUCUCUUUUUCUGUAAGGGUAAUGAAGAAAAAAAUCUGUCUAUACUUCUUGAAAACAGAUUUUUUUUCCCAAAAGGCACAAUUCAGAUACAAACACAGUAUGUGUAAAAGUUGUCGUUCACAUUACAUAGCAAUAUCAUCUUAUAUUCCCCAGGAUUUAAUAAUCUAAAGGGUUAAUUUACUUUCAACUCUGCUUUCUGUUAAAAUUUCUGUUAAUACCCAAGUUCUAGAGUUCAUUUAUCCCCUUGUUUAUCUCAGUUUGGUAACAAGUCAGGGGUGUUGAAUUUGUAAAUUUAUUUAAAAUUUAAUUAUUAAUUAUUUAAUUAAGUAAGUAUAAUUAAUUUAAGUAUUAUAAAUUGAAGUAUUCUAUAUCAAUCUUCAUACUAAUGUUUUUCAGAUAGAUAGAAAUGCUUAUAUCAGUUAUGUUGCUAUCUUUAGUAGAUCUGAAUGUUAUAUUAAUUCAUGCUUAGGGGAGAGAAAUGAGAAAUAAGAUUAUCUUAUUAAAUCAGAAAUAUCUUAUUUUAGAUUAUCAUUGAUAUUGCAUUAUUGCAAUAACCAUUUGAACCUAUUCUUUAUUAGCAGGAGGAACAUCUAAGAAAGGCACAUACAGUAUUAGGUGUAAUUUGCUCUGCAGUGAUGUCUAUGCCAGAUAGAAUUCUUUCAAAAAUUUCCAAACGGACAGCAAAUAAAUAUUUUUUUAAAUUCCCUCACCUCUAGUACAUUUUCAUUCUAGUACAUUUUCUGUCGUUCUUCUCUUUCGUCGUAUCUUUGAUAUAGAGCCUAAAUUUAAAGAAAAAAUUUUCAGAUGCAUUUUCAUAUAUUCUUAUAUUUCAUAUUGUCGUCUUUGUCACCAGUGCACCUGUUUGUGAUAUGAUAAAAACUGCUUAAGUAGAGGAGUUCAGGAUUGUUUAUUCUUCUGUAUGAGAAAAUAGACUAGGUAGACAGGCCUCUCUCAGUUCUGCAAGUAUAUAAGUCAAGUUCCAAAUCAUUUACACGCUGGAGAACUGGAAGCUAUUGUCUCGAUUUUAUGCUCCCUCAGUUUUAACCCUUGAAUAAGUACCAUAUAAAAGGAAAAAAUCAUGUUUCAAUUAACAGGAAAAUCACACUUGUCUUAUGAAACAAGACUCUUAAUUAUAGCUGUUUUACCUAGAAGACACAAAAUACAAACUACUUGAGUUAGACUACUUAGUUGCACUUAGUGUAUUUUUUUCAUGAGCUCUUAAUUAGCUUUUAAUGUUUACACAUUAAUAUAGAAACUAGAAGUCCUGUAUACAAGGACCAACCUUGGUUGCUGCUAAUAAUAAGGAUGUAAGAUAGUCAUGCUAUUCUGCAUAAUGAGUAAAAGAGGUAUUAGUAUGAUGGCUGGAGAUAUGAUAGCUUUGAACUGUAGGGUACACAAACAAAACAAAAAUCUGCAAGUGCAUUAUUCUUCUGAAAUAAGACCAGGAGUGCCUUUAAAAAAAGAAACUUGCUGAUGCAAAUAUAAUUUACUACUGACUAUAAGCACACUGUAAUGCACCAUGUUUUAUAAUUUUGUACAUACUGACAUCAUUCUAAUAAUAAACCUUUUCUAUAUUAACC